CAAGACUAAGACUAAUUUAUUGACACAGAAAAGGUUGAAUUGAUGGUGCAAAAUUUCACAUCCCUGGAGCGAUCCAAAUGCUCUCUUGACAUCUUCAUUCUCACUCCGAAUAAUGCACCAGUACCAACACAGAACACAAAACAAGGACCAAAAUGGCUCCGGAUGUAAGAGAGCAUGCCUUCCCCAUACAUUUACUUCAAGGAAUGUUACCACUGACAUAUUCAAAUACACCCAAGGUAGACAGCUAGGUGCAUUUCGAGGGGAUUUGAUCAAGUUAACAGGGAAUUAUGUAGCAGCUCAGAUUCCAGGGUUGUUGCAGGAACAGGCCUUUCAACUUGGUAGGAUUAAUAAGAUAUUUGCAUCUCAAUGGCUCUCUGAAAGAAAAGUUGUCAUUGGAUCCAAGUGUAACCAGAUAGCAGUAUUAGAUUUAUUCACCAAACAGAUGGCAAUGAUACCAUCUUUGAAGAGUACAGAUAGUAGUCAACCAGCGGACUGCCCAUGUGGUAUCCAUGCAGUUGAGCUUAACCCCUCCAAGACCCUCAUGGCAACUGGUGGGGUGAACACUAAUGAUUUAGCCAUAUAUCAGCUUCCAACAUGUGAUCCUGUCUGCAUUGGGGAGCAAGGCCACCAGGACUGGGUGUUUGACAUUAAGUGGUUGGAUGAUCAGUUCGUUGUAACAGGAUCACGAGAUGGUAACCUUGCUUUAUGGCAUAUUCCCGAUACCUUGGAGGACAACGUUUCAAGGAUGCAGAGUCUGCAAGUACCUGAAUAUUCAGUGAUAAACCCCACAUUACGACGAUUCUGUAAAAAAGCUGAAAAAGUACGGGCAUUGGCCUAUAAUGAUAAUUCUGGUCAUAUAGCUGCCUUGUCACUUAAUGCUUAUGUUCACCAGUAUGACACAAGAACCUUCAAACAGAUAUGCUGUAAAAAGCUUCACCACACUCGUGAGAAUGUGUGUAUGUCUGUGCACAAGGAUAGAGGUCUGUAUGCAGUAGGAUCACAGUCUUAUGUUGCUUUACUGGACUCAAACACACUUAAGCAUGUACAUAGUAUAUUAUCUAAACAAAGAGGCUGUGGUAUACGCUCAGUAAGCUUCAGGAAUGAUGUUGUAACAAUAGGCACGGGUCAAGGUGCUGUGUUAUUCUAUGAUUUACGGAUGGGAAAGUAUUUGGAGUGCGACUGUGGCCAUCCGUGUCAGCUGACAGCAGGGAAAGGCUGGCUGGCACAUGAUGAUAACUACCGGGACUACUUUUAUGACCAGGAGUAUCCCAACGCCAUCUAUACACAUUGUUACAAUGAAACCGGAACACAACUUUUCACUGCUGGGGGUCCUCUCCCUGCUGGUCUAUGGGGGAAUUAUGCAGCAGUCUGGGCCUGAAUUGAAGAUGUACAUGAUAAAGGUGAUCUUGUGAUCAUAAAGGACAAAUCUCAGAUAGACACUGCAGCCAUUACAAUAGUCUUGCUUCAAGACCCUGGACUAUCUACUCUAACAACUAGUCCACUGUGUUUGAAGCAAGACUA